AUGGAUAGGAGGUUGCGUCAUCCAGGCACCGCCCCUUGCACACAGACUCACUACCCUUCACUAGGUAGCAAGACACUGCCCGGAACCUGCGCGCGGCGGCGGCGUUUUCCCGGGGCCUAUUCGCUGCUGGACCUAAGCUGUGACGGGCGGAAGUGGGAGGAGUGGAUCGGUGCAAGCCGCUCUUGCUCGCUCGAGCUGGCCACGCUGGAGGCUGCGGGCGAACGGGGCUUGGGGGGUCCCCGUGGCACCGUGGAGAGGGCUUCUGGGGCUCCGUCAGCGUCCGCGACGGCUCCGGGGGAGCGCGGCGGGGAUGGGGUUCACAACCGAGCAACAGCUGGAGCCUCGGCCAUGUUCGCCGGGCUCCAGGACCUGGGCGUGGCCAAUGGCGAGGACCUGAAAGAGACCCUGACCAACUGCACGGAGCCGCUCAAGGCCAUUGAGCAAUUUCAGACAGAGAAUGGCGUGCUGCUGCCCUCCCUGCAGUCGGCCCUGCCCUUCUUGGACCUACACGGGACACCGCGGCUGGAGUUCCAUCAGUCAGUGUUUGAUGAGCUACGUGACAAACUGCUGGACCGAGUGUCAGCUAUCGCCUCCGAGGGAAAGGCAGAAGAGAGGUACAAGAAGCUGGAAGACCUUCUGGAAAAGAGCUUUUCUCUGGUCAAGAUGCCAUCCCUACAACCAGUGGUGAUGUGUGUUAUGAAGCACUUGCCAAAGGUUCCUGAGAAGAAGCUGAAGCUGGUGACGGCUGACAAGGAGUUGUACCGGGCCUGCGCCGUGGAAGUAAAGAGGCAGAUCUGGCAAGACAACCAAGCUCUCUUUGGUGAUGAGGUUUCCCCAUUGCUGAAGCAGUAUAUCCUGGAGAAAGAGAGCGCGCUCUUCAGCACGGAGCUUUCUGUCCUGCACAACUUCUUCAGCCCCUCCCCCAAGACCAGGCGCCAGGGAGAGGUGGUCCAGAAGCUGACGCAGAUGGUCGGGAAGAACGUGAAGCUCUAUGACAUGGUGCUGCAGUUCCUGCGCACACUGUUCCUGCGGACCAGGAAUGUGCACUACUGCACGCUGCGAGCGGAGCUGCUCAUGUCCUUGCAUGACCUGGACGUCAGUGAGAUCUGUACUGUGGAUCCCUGCCACAAGUUCACCUGGUGCCUGGAUGCCUGCAUCCGAGAACGGUUUGUGGACAGCAAAAGAGCCCGGGAGCUGCAGGGAUUUCUUGACGGUGUGAAGAAGGGCCAGGAACAAGUUUUGGGGGAUUUGUCUAUGAUCCUGUGCGACCCCUUUGCCAUCAACACACUGUCCCUGAGCACCAUCAGGCACUUGCAGGAGCUGGUUAGCCAGGAGACACUGCCCAGGGAUAGUCCAGACCUCCUUCUCCUACUUAGGCUGCUGGCGCUUGGCCAAGGUGCAUGGGACUUAAUAGACAGCCAGGUCUUCAAGGAGCCCAAGAUGGACGCAGAACUCAUCACCAGGUUCCUGCCAAUGCUCAUGUCCUUCGUGGUGGAUGACUACACUUUUAACGUCGACCAGAAGCUUCCAGCUGAGGAGAAAGCCCAAGUCACAUAUCCCAACACACUGCCUGAAAGUUUCACCAAGUUUCUGCAGGAGCAGCGCAUGGCUUGUGAGGUGGGGCUGUACUACGUCCUGCACAUCACCAAGCAGAGAAACAAGAAUGCGCUCCUGCGCCUGCUGCCUGGACUGGUGGAGACCUUCAGUGACCUGGCCUUCAGUGACAUCUUUCUCCACCUGCUCACUGGGAGCCUGGCACUGCUGGCUGACGAAUUUGCCCUGGAGGAUUUCUGCAGCAGCCUCUUUGAUGGCUUUUUCCUCACUGCCUCUCCAAGGAAGGAAAAUGUGCAUCGUCAUGUGUUGAGGCUUCUCCUCCACUUGCACCCAAGAGUGGCCCCUUCUAAGCUGGAGGCAUUGCAGAAGGCUCUGGAGCCCACAGGCCAGAGUGGGGAGGCUGUGAAGGAGCUCUACUCCCAACUGGGCGAGAAGCUGGAGCAGUUAGACCAUCGGAAGCCCAGUCCUACCCAGGCUGCAGAGGCACCUGCACUGGACCUGCCCCUUCCCAAUGUGCCUACGCUGUGAGGCUCUGUGGAGCCAUUUCUGGUAGUGCCCUGUGGGAGGAGGCCCUAGCCAGCCAGCAGUGCCUAGUGAGCCGAGGGCCAUUCAUUCUCGAAGUGCUCCCUCCUCUGAAUUGCUGCCUGGAGCUGGUCCUAAAAGGUCCUCAGUGGUCUGCUGCACAUCAAGGGGGACCCAUAAUGGCAUGGUGGGACUUGGCCCUGCUUUUGACCCUGGCAGGGAUGGAUGGUGGGUGGGAUUUAGAAAAGCUAGCUGGUUCUUCAGGGGCAGCGGGCAGAGGCCUGACUGACCGGAAAGUCCAAGAAGAAGCUAUGCUGGGUUCACCAAAGCAGAUUUGCUGGGCCUCAUGUCCCAAGCACAAGGGUGGUCCCCUCCACAGAAGCCAGGUGGACAGUCUGCCAUAG